AUGUCCGGAACAGAAGAACAGAGCUCCACCAGGUUCACCUACAGGCCAACCUCGACAAUCGCGCGGUCCUUCUCAGAGCAGCUGAACGACGCGUUCUUGAUCGAUGAUAGCCUUGACAAGCUCGCCUCCACCGUUGAGCAAAAGAAGCAAUCCGUCACCUUCCAGUCCUCGGAGCUGAAGCUCCUCGAGGAGUCUAUUCGUCGCGCUGAGGCUCUCCUUGAAGAGAAGAAGAACAGGCUCUCACAGCAGUUCCCCGGCAGUGUUCCCCCAAGCUCUACCAGCCCCAAAUCCAGGAAGGCAAGACCCCCAAUCCCGACCCACGACAGCAACGGGAAUGAAAACAGUGCCAGUGGUACCGAGGAACCGCCGGCAAGGGCUGCCCCUAAGCCUCCAAGUGCUGACGGGUUCGUAGUAGUGCAGAAGACACCGAGUAUGCUGAGUUCGACGGAGGGAAAGCGGUUCGAGGAGCAGUACAAGGGACGGCCGCGCCCUCCUGUGCCAACUGAGAGCUAG